CCCACGCAUGAGUGGACAUGGAGCAGGCAGGCCCUGGCAGAGGAGCAAUGGAGAACAAAGGCCUGGAAAGCUCCCAGACAGACCUGAAGUUAGUGGCCCACCCCCGCGCCAAGAGCAAGGUGUGGAAAUACUUCGGCUUCGACACCAACGCAGAAGGAUGCAUCUUGCAGUGGAAAAAAAUCUACUGUCGCAUCUGCAUGGCCCAGAUCGCCUACUCUGGAAAUACCUCCAACCUCUCCUACCACCUGGAGAAGAAUCACCCCGAGGAAUUCUGCGAGUUCGUCAAGAGCAACACCGAGCAGAUGCGGGAAGCCUUCGCCACCGCCUUCUCCAAACUGAAGCCCGAGUCGUCCCAGCAGCAGGGGGCGCAGGACUCGAUCACGGUGAAGGUGGGCCACGGAGGUGGCUUCGAGAGCAAGAGGCAGCAGGAGCUGACGGCUGCCGUCCUCGGCCUCAUCUGCGAGGGGCUGUACCCGGCCUCCAUCGUGGAUGAGCCCACCUUCAAGGUGCUGCUGAAGACGGCCGACCCCAGGUACGAGCUCCCGAGCAGGAAGUACAUCUCCACCAAGGCCAUCCCUGAGAAAUACGGAGCACUCCGGGAGGUGGUCCUGAAGGAGCUGGCCGAUGCCUCGUGGUGUGGCAUCUCCACGGACAUGUGGAGGAGCGAGAACCAGAACCGGGCCUAUGUGACCCUGUCCGUCCACUUCCUGGGUGUCAGCUCCCCCAACUGCCUGUUUGUGGGCUCCAGGUGCCUGAAGACAUUCGAGGUGCCCGAGGAGAACACGGCGGAAACCAUCACGCGGGUGCUGUAUGAGGUCUUCAUCGAAUGGGGCAUCAGUGCCAAGGUCUUUGGGGCCACCACCGACUACGGCAAGGACAUUGUGAAGGCGUGCUCCUUGCUGGACAUUGCCGUUCAGAUGCCUUGCCUGGGACAGACCUUCAACGCUGGCAUCCAGCAGGCCUUCCAGCUGCCCAAGCUGGGCGGGCUGCUUGCCCGGUGCCGCAAGCUGGUGGAAUACUUCCAGCAGUCCACGGUGGCCAUGUACAUGUUGUAUGAGAAACAGAAACAGCAGAACAUGGCCCACUGCAUGCUGGUGAGCAACCGCGUGUCCUGGUGGGGUAGCACGCUGGCCAUGCUGCAGAGGCUCAAGGAGCAACAGUUUGUCAUCGCUGGCGUCCUGGUGGAAGACAGCAACAACCAUCACCUGAUGCUGGAGGCCACCGAGUGGACCACCAUCGAGGGGCUGGUGGACCUCCUGCAGCCCUUCAAGCAAGUGGCCGAGAUGUUGUCCGCCUCCAAACACCCCACCAUCAGCAUGGUCAAGCCGCUUCUGCACAUGCUGGUCAACACCACGCUCAACAUCAAAGAGACCGACUCUAAGGAGAUCAGCAUGGCCAAAGAGGUCAUCGCAAAGGAGCUCUCCAAGACCUACCAGGAGACGCCCGAGAUCGACAUGUUUCUGAACGUGGCCACCUUCCUGGACCCCCGCUACAAGAGGCUGCCCUUCCUGUCGGCCUUCGAGCGGCAGCAAGUAGAGAACCGCGUGGUGGAAGAAGCCAAAGGCCUCUUGGACAAGGUCAAGGAUGGCAACUACAGAGCGGCCGAGGACAAGAUGUACCCUUUGCCCGAAGAACCCCCCGUCAAAAAGCUUGUGCGGACGUCCACGCCUCCUCCCACCAGCGUGAUCAAUAACAUGCUGGCUGAGAUCUUCUGCCAGACGGGUGGCGUGGAAGACCAGGAGGAGUGGCACGCCCAGGUGGUGGAGGAACUGAGCAACUUCAAGUCCCAGAAGGUUCUGGGCCUCAACGAAGACCCCCUCAAGUGGUGGUCCGACCGCCUGGCACUGUUCCCCGUGCUGCCCAAGGUCCUGCAGAAGUACUGGUGCGUGACGGCCACCCGCAUCUUCCCCGAGCGUCUCUUCGGCUCCUCGGCCAACGUGGUGAGCGCCAAGCGGAACCGGCUGGCCCCGGCACACGUGGACGAGCAGGUGUUUCUCUACGAGAACGCGCGGAGCGGGGCGGAGGCCGAGCCGGAGGAUGAGGACGAGGGGGAUUGGGGACUGGACCAGGAGCAGAUGUUCCCUUUGGGCGAUGGUGUCAACAGUGGCUUCUUCAGUAUCAGGGAUGGUGGCUUCCUGUAGGAGAAGGCGUCUUGUCUCAGGAGUGGCUGGGGACUUGGAUGCUUUGCUGUAAAUAUGGAUCUGGCCCGCGUGGUUUUGCACCUCAAAGACCAUUUGUUGGUCUUUGAAAAACCAAGAGGGAAAAAAGAAAGAGAUGGGACUUUGGUGGCCCGAAUCGAGCAAAAUGAUUAUUUUUCUUUGAGAAUUGACCUUCCCUCCUCUGUCCCCUCAUGCUCCAGAAAGGGAAAGAAACUCCCUCGAUGAGCUCUGUGUGUAGGGCCCGCCUGGAAAUUGCAAAUACUAAACUCCCCAAGAGAAGUGGAGCUGGAAGGAUGUCUUGCUUCACAGAUGCAACCUGCCAGUCAAUUUACAUUCUCCCCGGGAGGGUUUUGAAUCAAUCCAAGAAAAUUCCAGGCAGAAGAGAAAUAGCCUUUCCCAAGGGCCAUCCCUGUGACUUGAGUGAUCGGAGGGUGAAAGGAAUUCAUGUUUACAUUUUAACUUAAGCAGGAACCUGGACUCUGGGAAACUUGGAAGAGAUUCUUUAGCCGAAAUGCCCUUCUCCAAAAGAGACAAGUUUUAGGUUUGGUGAAAAGUGUUAAAAAUGAGCAUAAAACGUAGGCACUUAUAAAAAAGCAAAAAAAAGGUGUUGAAUGCAUUCUAUUUUCGAGGAUGUUGGAGGCAAUGAGUCUCCUUUCUCCUGCUUGCCAAAAUUCACUUUGUAGAUGCAGUUCCAAGCUGAGGAGCUCACAGGUCCUGAGGUUUCUUUUGUGUCUGAUGCCUGAAUGGUCCAGUUUUCCCGAGAAUCAUUUUUCUUGAGAUGAGAGUAAGUCCCCCUUUUUUGGAGACGUGUUUUUUUAAACCUGCCAGGGCCAGCUUCUUCCCAUACAUAGAGGUUUUUAGAUUUGAUGACGGAACGGACUCUUGAAUUCUCUUUUAAACUCAAUACCAUGUGGGCAAUUAAAAAAAAAAAAUUACCAGGGGAUAGUUUUACCUUGGGAGGGGAGGGUCACUGAUGGCUUUAUGACGAUUCAGGGAAAAAAGAAGAUGCUUUCCAGCAGGUGAAACUACUUUUUUUUUUACCUAGGGAAAAAUGAUUGCACUGACUGCCUUUCUCCAAGAGGCUGACGUGGGAGGGUUCUGUGCGGCUUAGAAAUAACCCAUUUCAGCGAUUGGCAGUAUUCUGCUGGGACCCCAGCAUGCCAUCAGAUUGCAGAGAUUUAAGGAGGAAACACCCACGUUUUAAUAGCUGUCGAUGCCCCCUGCCUGUGAGCCGCACAGAACUUUAUCUUUUUGUCCCCAGCCCUGUACGUUUUUAGAAAACAAAGUGUGGAAGAAAUCCGCUUAACCCAUUCUUUCUUUUUUAAGGAGAAUAGUUCCUCCCCUGGUUCCAGACCCUCAGAUCUGAGUGUUCUCAGAAGGACAGCGGGAGGCUAGGGCAGGGGUGAGUGGGGCAGGUUUGGGGAAUUGCCCCCUUUGCUCUGUGGCUGGGUGCAGCAGAUGCCUCUUUGAGCUCUAUUUUGUAGCAUUGCAAAUGGUCCCUUCACGUUUCCUGAAACCGUUUGCUUUUUGUAACCUUUGUGAAAAUGGGUUUUGCUCCAGUAACCUGCUUCUCUGUGUCUAAUUUGUUUUUUUUUUUUUAAGUCAUUGUUGCCAGUCCUCUUUGCAUAUUCUGUUUUCCUUAUUUAAUGCUUUACAAUUUGACUCUUGUUCAAUAAACCAGAGAAAUAGCUCAUAA